GCAGAAAUUGAAGAAUUUUAUUUUAUCGAUCGAAAAGACGUAAUACAGUUAUUUAUAUUUAAAGAAAUUGAAUAAUUUUAUUUCAUCGGUCAUAUUGGGAGAAACAUAAUACAGUGAUCCAUAUUUAAAGAAAAAUGGCAGUUCCUGCAUAUGCGAAUAUUCGUUGGGAUGGAAAUAUUAUAAAUAAUUCUGAUGGAUACGAUUAUGAUGGAGGUUUUUCAAAAAUUGUUCCAAUAGGUAAACGGAUAAAUUUUAGUCAAAUGGUCGGGAAAAUUGCUCGUGCAAUUGGAUUAUCGAAGAAUAAUGAAUAUAUAGAGACGAUUAGUUUUAGAAAGCCUACAAUUGUGGAUGGAUCUUUAAAAUUUGAAUGCAUGGAUAUAUGGGGGGAAGAUGAUAUGUGUAGUAUGUUUAAUUACUUAUAUCAGAUUGGUGGUCUGCCUGGUAUAGAAAUAUAUGUUAAGGUACUUCGUUGUGCUGAUGCGACGAAUGAGGAUGUUGAUAUAGGUCCAUCUGGAACUGCUGUAGAAUCAAAUGCGGAACAAUGUGAAGAGCAAAAUGUAGUUGAUGAUUAUGAGUUAUCUGAUAGUCUUCCAGGGCCGUCAAGUAAUUUAUCUCAUACAGUUCAGGAUGAGAACGAGGAUGAUGAUGACGAUGACGAUGAUUCAUGGAUGUCUACUGAGGAUGAUGAUGAUGAUGAUUAUGGUCAGGAGGGUAAUGUGAGUGAAUCUGAAUAUUACAACACACAAUUUAGUAAUCCUAUUUUGCCUGUUGUUCAUCCUCCCCCAUACGCAGAAAUAGACUUCGAUUUGCUGAGGGUUGAUCCUUAUGACAAGGCAGAAGGCCGUUCCUUUUGGGAUCCUUCCAAAGAAUUUUCAGUUGGGAUGAUUUUUUCUUCGAGAGAUGCAGUGGCUGCAGCUGCAAAAGAAAAUCAUCUAAGACAUCAUCAUCAAUUUUGUUAUCAUGAAACAAGAGAGAAAACUUAUUCUAUCAAGUGUAAAGACAAAGACAGUGGGUGUCCAUGGAGGCUUCGAGCAUCAAAGACAGAAGGUUCAGAUAUAUGGAAAAUUACGAGAUACAGUGGACCGCACACAUGUACAAAUCCUCAGUUGACAAAAAAUCAUAGCCAAUUAGAUGAAAAUUUCAUUUGUUCGUUCAUAUUUGCAUUAAUUGAACAGCAGCCCGAUAUAAAAAUUGCUGCACUACAAGCGGAAGUGCGGGAUAAAUUUGGGUACGAGCCGUCUUAUCAGAAGACAUGGAAAGCUAAGCAGAAGGCAAUUGCAAGGCUUUAUGGGGGUUGGGAUGAAUCAUACGGUCGUUUGCGUAGAUUCAUGACUGCUCUUCAUCAUUUUAAUCCAGAAACAGUAUACAUGAUUGAAGAUAAUCCACAUUGGAUAAAUGAGAGGUUGAAUCCGAUGUGUCGUGUAUUUGACCGUAUGUUUUGGGCUUUCAAGCAAUCGAUUGAGGGGUUUAAAUAUUGCCGACCUGUUGUCUCAAUCGAUGGGACUUUCCUAUAUGGAAAAUACACUGGGUGUAUACUGUGUGCAACCGCACUCGAUGGAAAUAAUCAACUAUUUCCAUUAGCAUUUGCCAUUGUUGAUAAGGAAGACGGUGAUAAUUGGUCGUGGUUUUUGGAUUGUUUGAGGAUCUUUGUGACCAAUCGAGAAGAUUUGUGUGUAAUUUCAGAUCGUCAUGCUGGAAUUCUUAAGGCAAUGCAGAAAGAUUGGUGGCAACCUCCAGCUGGUCAUCACCGUUACUGCAUAAGACAUGUUCUGAGUAAUUACAAUAAAACAUUCAAGAAUGCAGUAAUAAAGGAAGCGUUGCGCAAGGCAGCAAAUGAAAACCAGAAAAGAAAGUUUUACGAGGCAAUGAAUAAUAUUCGGGAGGUGCACCCUGAAUCAUAUGAUUGGGCAAUGAAGAUUAAUUUAGAGAAAUGGACGAGAUCACACGAUGGUGGACAGAGGUAUGGCGUGAUGACAACAAACAUGGCUGAAUCUCUGAAUGGCAUGAUGAAAGGAUUUAGGGCGUUGCCUAUAACGGCAAUGGUUGAAAAAAUAUUUUUCCAGUGUGUUCAUUACUUUGAUACGCGGAGGACAACUUUUCUGGAUCAACAAAUGAAGGGCUAUAUUUUCAGUCAAUUUUGCAGUGAAACUCUGCGUGCUAAUGCAAUAAAGGCGAAUGGACACAGGGUUAGACGAUUUAACAGUCAGACCAUGGUUUGCGAAAUAAUUACUGCAAAUGGUCGGCAAAAGCAAGUGGUCAAACUCAUGGAUCAAACAUGCACAUGUGGCAAAUUUCAGGAGAUAAGAAUACCUUGUUCUCAUGCUAUUGCUGCAUGCAUGUCACAUUCAAUUGACUACGAACAAUUUGUAUCUGACUACUAUAAAUUGGAUCGUACAAUCCAGUGUUAUGCGUACACGUUUCAUCCUCUUGGACAUCCUGACUAUUGGCCUGCAGCAGAUGGACUUCCUCUCGUGCCUGACAUUUGUAGAACAAGAAAGAAAGGACGACCGAGAUCUUCUAGAAUACGUAAUGAAAUGGACUGGAGGUCUAGCCAAAUAAAAGAAACGUCCAGAGUUCAUUGUUCCGUAUGUGGAAGGGUGGGCCACAAUAAAAAAACUUGUAUGGGUGUGGAAUCUAGUAGAUAAAUAUGCUUCAUUUCAUUUACUAUAAAUGUAAAAGUGUAGUGCAAAAAAUAAUGUUUAAUUAUGUAGUUUUUUUU